AUGAAUACUUAUAAAAAGCCUCUAAAUAAUAUUGAGUCACUCCGAAACCAGAUUCAGUAAUUAUAAUUAGACCUCACGAAAUAAUAAUAGAAUAUUAUAAACAAAAUUUAUGGAAAUCGUAGCUUUGAAACAAAUGCAUAUAUAAAUAAAGAUGAAGGAUGCAAAUCUGCAGUAUAUUCAAAUAAAAUUACAUUGAGAAAAGACACACAAUUAAAUUAAGAUUGGAAUAUAUAUAAAUAAAAAUAAAGUGAAAGAGAUAAGUUAAAACUUUAAGAUUAAUUAUAUGAAUUGGAGAAUGAGAAAAAGAAAAAAUUAGAUUAGCUUUUUCAGGGUAUUGAGUGCCGACCUAUUACGAGAAUACCAAUUCAAGUAGCAAUAAGUCAAUGAC